AUGGACUUGAGAGGACCUAAGCACAGGUCCAAACUUCAAUUCACGCCAAUACGUACAAGCGACAGUUCACCAAAUAAUACUGACAAUUCAUGGAGUAGCACUGCUUCAGGGAAGAAGAGAAAAUAUCUGCCAAACAAGUGCCGGGAAUAUGAAGUGAAGGAGGGAAGAGAAGCUUGUGCUGCUGAAGCAUCCAACUGGCUGGCUGAGUUUUUGACCCUUUAUCCCGAUGACAGUUUCUCACUCGGAGUACUGAUCGCUGGGUGGGACCAGGAGUCGGGACCUGCAUUGUAUAAAGUGAACGGUAAAGGGAAACGGCUUAAAAGUUCAAUGGCUGGAACUGGAUGCGCCGCUGGUGUCUGGGCUGCAUUAACCGAAAAUCCCUCUUACGAUAUCAAAAACAUAUCCUUGGCUGAAGCUUCGGAGUUGGCCAAACGUACACUUUGUUUCGGCGUAUAUAUGGCGUUUGAGUAUGGUGAUUCUGUUAGUGUCUUCCAUGUAGGACGAGACGGGAUUGAGUGGGUGGUCAGGGAAGAGGACAUAGUUCAAAUUGCAGAAGCCAUGGAUAUUGCUUUCUGA